AUGAGUACACCGAUAAUAACAGACCUAAACAAAGAGGCUGGCAUCUCUCAAGAGCCUACCAACUUGGAUUCCGGAUCGAGUCUGAUUCCCGUUGAAGCAUGCUCAGCUCAACAAGAGGGGAAUAUCAAAGUAUUCAACCCGAUAUCAGAGUCAUCAACGCCUAAGACCGAAUUUGACGAAUCCUUCUUCGAACCCACUUUGACAGAUGUUCAAUCACAUCAAACAUCCAUAACAAAUCGUAAUAAGAAGUUGAAUGAAGCUCCUUUAUUAACUUCAAAGUUUAGAGAUAUCGAGAAGAGCGAGAAAGAACGUUUGAAAAAGGAUAAAUGGCCUAAUACUACGAUAAGAAUCAAAUUCUCAGACGGUACUAUCGUACAAAAUAUCUUCCCUAGUUCGUCUCCAAUACAGCCAGUAUAUGAUUUUGUCAGGACGACACUGAGUGAAGAUGUAAUAAACAAACCAUUUGUCCUGUACCAACCUCCAAAAACCAAAUACCCCGAACAUCCCAUACCAUCCAUCUCAACAUCGAAGAAAUCUAAUCUUGGUAAAAACCCUAUUAUACCUCCAGCAAAUUAUGGAUUUGUGAGGGGAUCAACCUUGCAAGGAUUGCAGGGUGGUACAGGGAACAAAGAAACGUUGAAUGAGUUAGGGCUGGUGCCUCAGAGCGUCUUACUGAUCAAAUGGGAUGAUGAGGAUAUGAAUGCAAGUACACAUUCCGCACCUAUAAAAGACCACUUAAAAGCUCAGUCACAACCUCUUCCUCCAUCCAUGCCAAAAGAGUCUCAAGCUUCAACACCACAAGCUUCAGAAUCGAAACCGGGUAGUGCACCGAUAUCAACAGGGGAGAAGAAAAUACCAAAGUGGUUACAGAAGGGUCUAAUGAAGAAGAAGCACUGA